AUGACUGAAGUGAUUGGCCGCGAGCAAGUCAAAGCCCAACCUUCCACUUUUGCUGAAAACUCUCGCGAUUCUUUGUUGUUUGGCAAAUUUCGCAUUCGAUUGUGCAAAAGUGAAGAGGUGCCAAUUCUGGCUGAUUUAUAUGGGAACCGAUACCCAGAAAUCGUGGUAGUAGACCUACCAUCAGAAGCAAAGCAGGAAACCAGGAACGCCGAAACAGUGGGUGAGGUGCAUAAAAGGUUAGAUAAUGGAAUGGAUACAGAUGCAGACGAGAUGGGAGAUGGGCCACUUGUUUUCGAUUUUCUAUCGCUGUCCAAACUUGAACGACGAUGUGGAACAGACGAGAAGGGUGAACGAUCAACUGCAAAUCGUCCCAUUGUGUCAACAAACUACUUCGAUUGCAAUCCGUUGGAUGCACCCACGGCUUUUGGUCUUCGUAAUAGGUUUUUGCGGAAGAACUGUUCUUCGGGACUAAACGAGCAAUUCGCGGGAAUGCCUGUUUGGAUAAUUGUAAAUGCGAAAGAUCAGUUGGGGACAGCAUUUGUUGGACACCAGUUGUCCAACACCAAAAUCUCUACGUUCCAUACUAGAUGUUUGGGUCGCUUUGGAGAAAAAUGUGAACGUGCUAUUAAAGUGCUUGCUAAUCGCUUUAAACAUGGUCUUGAUGCGAAGGACAAGGCUCUUGCCCUUUAUAGUAUUUUGGGGAACAAUGUUUCUCCCACGUGGGGACCGAAAAGAUGCCUCGCCGAUAUGACCCUAACCUUCAAAUGGGAUACAAAGACCGAAAGCUUCUUAUGUUCACCACCGCCAUCAGCGUCAGCGAUUUUCCAUUUUUCACCUGGCUGGAAGGACAAACGUGUCGCUUUAUUAGAAGCCACUGAGCACCUGGAGCAUGUAGAUUUCACUGAACUUCUGUGGGAUAUUUUGAAGAAAUGCCCAGACUACAAAACUCUAGUGGCUGCUCUAAAUAUUGUAUUCGACGCUUUGAAACAAUGUCGUAUCAAUGCUGUUCUACAUGAAGACAACAAGUCAUCGAUUGCGCGGCUGAUACGCGAUGCGCAAUCUCAGGAUCUCAUGCUUCCACGUUUGGAAGCCCUCACCCCCAUACAGAUUUUACUUGAAAUUGGAUAUGAACGUUUCAAAAGAGAUAUGGUACAAGCAUACAACUCUGCGGGUUUUACGACGAAUGAAACUGAUCUCGACCUGGACUUGAAGCCACAACCCAACGUUUCGCUCGAGGAAAGAACCAGAGCUCUUCUUCCUCUUCACCUGGCUUUACAGACGCUGCUUGAGAUGAAACGUUAUCUAAUUCUUCCCGAUCACACACUGAACACCUUGACAAGAUCAGUGAUUGCCAAAUACAGUGCUGGUCCAAUAACUGAUAUCACGAAAGUGUUCUACGAGAAGGCGGUGUCGUUGAUUCAUGUCCAGCAAGGUCUCAUUGAAAAGCUACCUGAUUUAUGGACUCAUGAGACUUCCUACUCAUCUGGCGGGUCGCUAGUGGCUCAAGCAUUCGUUCACCUGACCCGUGAACCUCGCUUACACUUUCUCGAGGAUAAGACCGACUUUGAGCCGGUCAUUAAUGAGCCGGAUCAGGUGGCGAAUGAUAAGAGGUUUUUGAGCGCGGUAAUGGCAAUGAUUUUCCGUAGAAAAGAAGUGAAAAAAGCAUUUGAAGUAUUCACGGAUCGUGCGCUCAAAUACGUGUUUCGGAUCCCUCGUUGUGUAACGCUUCCAGAACACGAGGAAACACAUGAACUCAUCCAUACAAUGGACUCUAACACAAUGAGUGUAGAUGAGCUAAAUCGUAAUUGUGAACGACUCGCAGCGGAGGUGGUUGAGAAGCGUUUUACUCUUCUCGAUUUGGAGCAGCAACUUCAAGAGGCAAAUGAUGUGAUUGAGGUUUUAUCAAUCGUGAUAAAGCAGCUACAGCAAACUCCUGUCGGCGAGGAUUGCAAUGAUGGUACCAGCUCCAAUACUACUCUUGGUGGUACGGAUACGAAUUAA